AUGGACGGCUCGGCGCCAAUGGCCUACCACGAUAUAUCGGGAGAAACCUCAAAUCAGGGCGGAAACAUCAGUCAAGUUGCUCAAAAUGAUGUUUUAUUUACAACGGGAACAAAGCAGACCAUGCCAGAUCGAUUCGAAGCUUCCGAACCACCUGUAAAACGGCUUCGAACAUCUGACGGUCCGCUGACCCAAACUCAUCAGUCAUUUCCCGUAGAGGAGCAGACACAGGCUGCCAGCUCUAGCGCUCUGCCGCCUCCUCCUGGGCUGACUGGCCCUUGCAAAAAUGGCAAUAUCCAGGGCGAUAUAUAUGGGAACAGCAGUACUCCCAACGAGUCCACCGCUUCGAUGUCCCUUACCUCGUCAUAUCAAACCGCGAAGUCUACAUCGCCUCCAACAACACCCGGACAAUCCACCUCUACUCCUACGCACACUGCGGGCGUGAGCAUAUUAGAGAGCAACAAGGUUGAUUUAUCGAAAUGUCGACCGCGAAGUUCCAUUCCAUCAAGGCUUGCGCCGUCUAUUUAUGCUCAACAGUGUGUCGCUGCGGCAUAUGCAUCUCGGUUAGAUCCCUAUGCACUACACAGGAAGGAACAGGAAGCAUUGCAAGAUCAGCUUUGUCACGUGCACGUCACACUCUACUUGAACAUUCGGAAUGGGAUUCUCCGGCUCUGGACGGUGAAUCCCAUGGUCAGUAUAACCCGUGAAGAAGCGAUAGGAUGUGCCAAAGAUUAUCGUUGGAUGAAUUUGGCUUCUUUCGCAUACGACUGGUUGUCACGGAAAGGAUACAUCAAUUUCGGGUGCGUGGAGGUCCCAACACCCCCAGUCGCUCCCAGGCGAGGUAGACGCAAAGAAGGGCCCACUAUUGUGGUUAUUGGAGGUGGAGUAGGAGGACUGGGCUGUGCUCGACAGCUAGAAGGACUCUUCCGUCAUUAUCGUGAUGCCGACACUGCUCCACGCGUCAUUGUACUCGAGGGACGUCGCAGAAUUGGCGGAAGGGUGUACUCGCAUCCUCUACGGAGUCUCGAGUCUGACAUGCUUCCUCCUGGACUCACACCCAAAGCAGAAAUGGGUGCACAGAUCAUUGUUGGCUUUGAUCACGGCAAUCCUCUUGACCAGAUUGUGCGUGGCCAAUUGGCACUCCACUAUCACCUGCUACGAGACAUCUCGACGAUUUAUGACAUUGAUGGUUCACCGGUUCAUGAGGUUCAAGACGCUAUGGAUGAAAAGUUAUACAAUGAUGUUUUGGACCGCACGGGGGUUUACCGUAGCAAAACACUUGUCUCUCCCACUGCGGAGGGAGACCACGAUAUGAUUGAUAAUGGUCGUGAGUCUUUGGUGGACGACGGUCUCAAUGUACGACAAUACGAAGAGGCGCGCGCAGCAGGAACCAUCGAUUCUCUCGUUCCCACAAAGAGAGUGCGUCGACGUCGCGGCGUUGGACACAAAACGGCUGAUCUCCAACCAAAUCCUGAUGUUGUUGGUGAUCUCAUGAGCCCCUCCAAGGAGCAUCCAGCUGCCCUUACUUGUCAGGCUACUGGGUGGACUUUGAACCCCGGGAUUUCUCCUCGGGAAACCAUCAAUCUAGAUCCCAUCGCCAGUGCUUCACAAAUGCAGACCCUUGGAACAGUAAUGAAUGAAGGUGUGCAGCAGUAUCAGCGCAUGCUUCCGCUCACGCCCAAAGAUUUGCGACUUUUGAAUUGGCAUUUCGCAAACCUCGAAUACGCAAACGCAACAAAUGUUGACAAACUCAGCCUUUCAGGUUGGGAUCAGGAUAUCGGCAACGAGUUCGAAGGGGAGCACUCGACUGUGAUUGGAGGCUACCAGCAAUUGCCAUUUGGGCUCUACUCUCUACCUACGAAGCUUGAUCUCCGCACCAACAAAAUUGUGAAGAAGAUUACCUACGAUGCCACCGGAUCCGGAAAGAAAACAGUCGUUGCGUGCGAGGACGGGGAGAAAUUCGCGGCAGACCAUGUCGUAUACAGUGGCUCACUUGGAACCCUCAAGCAUAAAGCGGUGGAAUUCGAUCCUCCCCUGCCAGAAUGGAAGACAGGGGCAAUCGAUAGACUUGGAUUUGGUGUUAUGAACAAGGUGGUCUUGGUGUUUGACGAGCCCUUCUGGGAUACUGAACGAGAUAUGUUUGGUCUGCUUCGUGAGCCUAGCAACCCCGAAAGCACUGUACAAGAGGACUAUGCAGCCAAUCGGGGUCGUUUCUACCUAUUUUGGAACUGUCUGAAAACCACCGGACUGCCAGUUUUGAUAGCCCUCAUGGCAGGCGAUGCCGCUCACCAGGCCGAAAAUACGCCAGAUGGCGAGAUCAUCACCGAAGUCACUGGUCAACUUCGCAAUGUCUUCAAAAAUACCGUCGUUCCGGAUCCCAUCGAGACUAUCAUCACUCGCUGGGCCUCUGAUCCCUUUACCCGAGGCAGCUAUUCCUAUGUGGCCGCCGAAACCCUACCUCAAGACUAUGAACUGAUGGCACAACGAAUCGGCAACCUCUACUUUGCAGGCGAAGCUACCUGCGGCACACACCCUGCAACUGUUCAUGGAGCCUAUCUCUCGGGACUCCGUGCAGCCUCCGAAGUAAUCGAGUCCGUGGUCGGUCCCAUCGAAGUCCCCACUCCCCUCGUACCGGAGAAACAAAACAACACACCCAACGAACCAACCGCCACAGUCGUCGAGCCAAAAUCCGAACCAACCACCAUGACCACCCCAUCCCGCGUCUCGACAGACAAACAACGCCGUGAAACCUACGACCAGGCAAUGUGGACAGCCAUCUACGCCGAGAUCGGCGCAAUGCCCACCCGCCCCGCAAAAGCCGGCCUCAACCCAUUCCUUCUAUACCAGAAGGACUACUGGGCCAAAUGCCGCGACCAAUGCGACGAGACCAAACGAGUCUCCAGCAAGAACCCAGCUGCAAAGGCUGGCCGUGAUGAAAUCCGACACGCCCUCGGCCAGAUGUGGCGCAAUGCUGCACCGGAAGAGAAAAGGCCGUAUCUAGAACAGGUUGAGGCCAAUCGGCGGAAUAAUGAUGAGUCGUGGGAUUCUUGGAAGGCGGUUGCUUUGGAGUGGGAACGGAGGUCUUAUGAGGUCAAGGAUCAGUGGUGUGCGGCGAAUCCAUUUGAGCAGUGGGAGACGCCUUCAUAG